UUUCUCGAAUACUAUAUAUUGUACAGUCGGAGAACUCGCAGAGGGACAGAGAGAGAAACGUAGAGAGUUCUAUAUGGCAUAUAUAUAGAAUAUUUGCUCUCUAGAGACACAACCCUACGACUUGUUCUUCGAUACGACGCAUCAUUUAAUCUCUUUUUUGUCACCUGAUAACACCUUUUAUUGGGGGUGGGGGAGGGAGAAAGAAAAUAUACGCGCGCGGCUGUCGCCCGACUGUCAAAGACGAUGAAUUAUCAUCACAUGUAAUAUGUCAAAUACUGAAAUACACGUCCUAUUUAUGAAACAAACUAGUAUCCGACGAGUGAUUUAAUGCAUACCCGAAUCAACUGUCACGACUACCCGGUAUGGCGAACACUUUCCGGCCACACUUCGCAGUCGCAGCAUUGAGUUCUGCGAUACGCGGCGACAACGAUUCUUCCAAUUGUUCUUUCGUUGACGAAUGUUUUUUUUCGUAUCUGAACAAACGAGUAUAUAUAUAUAUAUUUGCCUUUGUUACUUUGUCGAGAGUAGAACAGAGGUGUUACCAGGUAGAUGAGUUAACACAUUUCCUACAAAUUAUGUAUAGAAACUUAAGUAUUAAUAUUCGUAAUUACUGCGACUAACACAAACACAUACACACAUAUACAUACCCACACACAUGCGAUAGGAGACAAUGUGUAACUAAUUGAGUGUAUAUAAGUAAGUCAAUUUACGGGUUGCAUUUUGGCUAUUAAAUAUAUUCUAAUUGUGUAACUUUUUCUCUCUCUCUCUCCAGGAGGAAAAGGCAAGAUCGGCUAAUUAUGAGAACGACUAUUGUACAUAUUCGUAUACAUAUGUACGUAUACACAUAUACAGCUCGUGAGCCUGUACAUGCAAACACGACAUACAUAUAUAUAAAUACGUAUAUAUAAAUAUAAAGUGGGAGAGAUUGUGUGCGGCGCGUUAGGUUGCAAUUCGUUGUGUACAGGUGUUGUACGCGGCGACUCUUUAGAGAGCGCGUGUCGACAAGUCGAAAGCAAUUCUAAAAUCUACUCGUUGUAUUCGUUUCACUUCGAUAUGCGUUGGUGUAUGCCUUUCGUUUUUGCGCUCGUCGUCGAGCGAGUCUCACAUCAUUUCGAAAGUAUCGGAUACGGCUCUCUUGUUUUUCAACAAACAGCAAAACUCCCUUGUACUUCUCGAACACUCGAUCAAGGUCGCUAUUACGUUUUGACUGUGCCGAUUAGAGCGCGUGAAAAUUACACUUGGAUAUAUAUAUAUAUAUAUAUAUAUAUAUCUCUCUCGGAAAACAAUUUGACAAAGCGGGCCUGCAAAAAUAAAUUCUGAUUACACUGACUAUCAAGUAAUUUUUUUUUCGACAGCCUACCUGCUACACUCAUCGUGUCGCAUAGAGACGUGACGUUAUUUAUCAAUUACGAUACCUUUAUCAAGUUUCGUCAAGCACAAACGUGCGUGAGAGCGAAAUAGAGUACCUCGUCGGGUGAAAUUUAAAAAUUAAAAAAAUUCCCUCUCUUCGGAGGUUAUGUUUCACAAUUUAUUUCCCGCCACGCGCGAUAGUUGCGCUCUGCGCAGAAUACGAUGAGUCAUAACCUCUCGAGACUUUGUCCGACCGUGUGCGUUAUUCCGUACUUCCAGAUCUUUUUCGUUACUGAGGUAAGACGAAUCAGACAAUUGACAGGGCGGUAUUGUGUUCUUCUACCAAAUGUCGACUUACGGGCAAAAAUCAAGUAUCGUUGAUAGCUUACCGUUUUAGUACCGUUCUAGUACGAUACUACGUUUCAACUCUGUAUCAUUUAAUAUAAAAGAAAAAAGAAACGUUUGUAUUCUCAUCUGCCGGUGAUCUAACGAUAUAGAGUGUGAGAGAGAUUGUGUUUGUGACGUCCACGCCGCAUCUUCGUAACAUCCAUUGCACAAAUGAACUAUGCAUGAUAUGUGUAUAACGAUAUAUUUGUACUGUGCGUUUGUACUGUGCGACAAAUGUCCUGCAAAUUGAUUUGUUUGUGACAUGAGUCUUCGUACAUUGUGACGGUAGGAAGGUAUAAUGACACAAACCCGAAUAGAUCAAUUCUAUAAAGUAGCGAGUAAGAAAUCUGGAAAUACAAAAAAUAAUGUAGGAAGGACAUCUGCUUCGCACAGAUUCGGAAUUAAUGGAAGAAAAGGAGAAAUAUCAUUGGGAAAUUUGGAAGCUGCUUCUGUAUGUAAAAAAAAGGCGGGUGCAUCGAGAGGAAGUUGGAGGAAACGCAUAGCGCGAAGAAGUAAUAUCUCGAUAAGCACUGGGACGUUUUAUUCUUCGAAAGUCAACAUGGUGCACAGUCCAAUCAAAACUAUAGAAGCUAAGACAGCAUCAUCACUAUCUACCAACACACCAACUGUCAAACAGAUUUCCCCUACUUCGAGUCCCAUGAAAAGUCCUGUGUCGUCGAGGAGCUCAAAUUUUACUCCGAAAUUUACUCCGAAAACCCCGUCUCCGAUAAAGGAAGCACUGGAGUCUCCGAGAAGCCUUAAGAUGGCGCGAAGGAAAUUGUUCAGUGACAGGAUAGAAGAAUUAAUGCCCAUAGUGAUAGACAAUCUUAACCAGGCGAAAGAAAGAGCUAUUGCAAACAAUGACAUCAAUCUGGAGAAGGUUUAUUCGAGUGGAGAAUUCAAUUACAAGUACAAUCGUAUAGACACGACAACUUCGACGAGAUACGAAAUCAACGAUAUAAUAAUGCCGACCGAUACGUAUUCGCGACAUUUUUUCUCCAUUAUCGCCAGCGUCUUCUCCAAACCGUUCAACUGCGGAUACUUCAACGAGUAUGAGUUAGACUUAAUAUUUUCGCUGCUGACAAUUUCUAAGAACGCACAGGCCCUGAUGAUACGCAUGCUGAAGAGAAAGCACAUUUGGCACAGAACAGACAAUAUCAAAUACGACAACAUAUCCACCAACUUGAGUCCUGUCUUCGACGAGCUCGUGUCGCGAUCUAUUUUUAAAAGUAACGCGAAGGAAGAAGAUAUGACCGUUCUGUUGAAGCUGUUGCAAGUCGAAGAGAUUCGUAAGCUUUGUCAGGAAUAUAAGGUCUGUGCCAGCGGCCGUCACAAGAAAGAGCACUACGUACAAUCGAUUCUAAAAUUCCACCAUAAUAGCAAACCCUUGUUUCCCGGGAUGCCAAAUCCGGUCACUAAAUUGCGUGCUUCGGUGAAUAAAAUUCUAGGAUGCUGCGUACUGAUCGACACCAACGUGAGUAAAGUAAUUGAUAAAAUAAUUACGCUGCUGGUGCCUAAUCAAGAUCCCCAGCAGACCAUGGCGGAUUUAUUCAAUACGUUGGUGAGAGUUGAAAUGAAGGAAAUCAAAUACCCAGAAGUAAUGGUUAGCGACUUUCCCAUUUUCGCCAAUAAAGAACACCUGUCGAAAUAUAUGGAGGCUAAGAGCGCGCUCUGUCAAGUAUUGUAUGCAAUCGAGAAGAAACAAUGGGAUGUCGUACGACAAAUCGGAUCGCAAGCCGAGGAACGUCUAUCACUUCUCUUAGGAAGAGAAACCCAAAGUCUGCAAAACUCCAAAUUACCUCGUCACAUCAGGCACUUUAUGCCGUGCUACAUGUGGCUCAAAGUUCUGUCCAAGAGUAUCGACGCGUUUAAGAAGAGCAAAGAAACACUGUCGAAAGCGAUCAAGUAUUUGCGCAUACUAGUCAAGCAGAAGUGUCACAUGAAACACAAGAAAGGGCAGUGGUACAAUGAAUUAAUAAAAAUACAAGUAUAUCAUAUGAAGGAUCCCGACGGUAGCGUCAAGCUCCUCUCGAAAGCUGUGGAACAGGAAAGUUUAACGGAAGUCGACAGGUUGGAUCUGUUGGAGAGGGCGGAGAAUCUCGCAAAAAGAAAAUCCAACAUCGAUCAGCAUUCGAAGGACACGGUUAAACAGAUAUUGGGCAAGGACCUCGACAAAGCGCGACUAAAAUACACACCGAGUUCUAUUACAAUACAAGGAACUUUGUGCAGGAACCUCUCGCAAAGGAAGAGCACCUGGUGCAUCAACGAGGGGAUCGACAAAGAGUACGGUACGGUCGAAAGUCUAGCGUUGUACGACUACAAGAAGAAGGGUUACGUCAAAGGUGUCCACUGCGAGGGUGCUUUUCCAGUUACCCUUUUGGGUACGUUAUUCUGGGACGAGAUCUACAACCUGGACAUUCCCGGCGCUUGCGUAUCGCCGUACGAGCCCACACCGUUGGAUCUAUUCACGUCGGAAUUUUACGAAAAUAGAAGAGAACACAUCGACAAGAAGCUCCAAGCUAUUCGGAAAUUCGACGUAGAAACGUUGGGCAAUCAUCUGAAGCAGAAAUUCGACUUACUGUGUGAAUAUACUUCCAUCUGUCAGGGGAAUAUCUUUGACAGCGGUAUCAGCUUCCAGGAGGUGGCGCUUUGUUUGGGAGUAGAAGGUGUAGUUGGGAUCUGCGAACGACUCAUUCAUAACUAUACACUCUGGAGAGCUGGCUUCCCAGAUUUAAUCGUAUGGAAUCCACGUACAAAACAGUACAAAAUUGUAGAAGUGAAGGGCCCCGGUGACUCACUCUCGACCAAACAAAAGUUAUGGUUGCAAUACUUGAAUUACCUCGGACUGAAUACGGAAGUGUGUUAUUGCGAAGUAAGCGAUAUUUAUAAAAGAGCUCAGCGUGCUAUUAUAAUAUGUCGAAUAUUACAUGCUCUGCCAUUCUUCAAGGUGCCAAGGCUUCUGUCACGGUGAUAGUGCAGGGGCCUUGAAAA